AUGAGUGGAAAGGCCUCCGUCUCCAAGGAACUCAAUGCCAAGCACACAAAGAUAUUAGAGGGACUUGUUAAGCUACCGGACAACAGGGAAUGUGCAGACUGCUGGACAAAGGCACCAAGAUGGGCAAGUGUGAAUUUAGGAAUAUUCAUAUGCAUGCAAUGUUCAGGAAUUCACCGGAGUCUUGGAGUACAUAUAUCACAGGUGCGCUCCACUACAUUGGAUACCUGGUUGCCUGAUCAUGUUUCUUUUAUGCAAUCAAUGGGUAAUGUGAGAUCAAAUAAGCACUGGGAGGCAGAAUUACCACCGAAUUUUGACAGAAAUGCAUAUGGAAUUGAGAGAUUCAUUCGUUCUAAGUACGUGGAGAAAAGAUGGGCUUCAAAAGGAGGACUACAACCAGCUUCAAAGUCAGCUGAAAUAAUCUUUAAGACGAAAGAGUCACCACCUGUUGGGGCCAAUAUUGCUACUCAGAAGAAUAGGAGAUUGUCACUUGAGGAAAGCAUUCUUGUGAAACAUAUGACACAUGUUCCGCCUACAAGAACAAGAUCUCACGAGAUAUAUUCAGAAAGAGGAAUGAAAGAAUGGACAAGGGGGAAGGUGUUUGAAGGAGUGUGGUCACAGACAUAUCUAGUGGCAGGUCAUAAUUUGCAUUUGUAUUCUCUUUAUGCACGACUAAAAAUUUCUUUUUCCUUCCAAGAAUUUCUAAAUCAAAAAAAGGCCAAUAAAACUUCAUCUCUUGCAAUUCAGGGGUCCUUUGAUUCGCAAAAUAAGCAUUCACCACCAACAAUAAGGAGGCCAUCCGCAUCAUUGGAUUUUGGCAGCUCCAAGAAGAACAAUGGUACCGUUGAUCAUUUUGGCUUGUUUUCCGUCCAUGCUACUAAACAGGAUUCAUCAAGUACACCGACUAGCUGGAUAACUUUUGACUGUAAGAGCACAAUACUUGACAAGGUUUAUGAGGUCUGCAUUGAUCUGGCUUCCACUUCUUCUGUGGCCAUCUCCUCUCACUCCGAAUCUCACCUCGAUCGGUAUAUACCUCGCGUUUUCUCGUUCACUCAUGUGAAAAUUAACUCACAAAAAAUGGAAAAACUCAGGCCAGCGUGGGCUGUCAAGGCGAUCAUCGUCAUCAUUUUCACUUCGAUUCUUUUCCGAUGCGUUUGCGGGGAGAAUCAUACGGUUGGUGGAGCUUCCGGCUGGGAUCUCCGUUCCAAUAUUCAGGCCUGGUCUUCUACAACAACGUUUAAUAUCGGAGACGAUCUCGUGUUCUCAUACACGCCGGUUCACGACGUGGUGGAGGUAAACCAACAAGGUUACGAAACGUGUGCGAUAGCCAACGCUCUUGCCACGUACGACAGCGGAGACACCUUGAUUCACUUAAGCGGAGCGGGAACGCGCUACUUCGUGUGUGGCCGAAUGGGCCACUGUCAACAGGGCCUUAAACUCCAGGUCCAAGUUCUAGCCCAGUCCAACAACGGAACCAACGACGAUCAAAACCAAGGCCCCACCGCUUCUCCUCCUCCUCCUCCUCCUCCUCCUCAGCCGGCUUCUCCGCCGCCUCAAGAUGACGCGCACUCACCUGCGGAGGAGCUCUCGCCCUACGAGCUUUCACAUGCAGAGGAGCGCUAUGGGGUGGUGCCGUUAAUUACGCUCGUAAUCGUGCUCGCCUUCGCCCGCGCUCCUUUCUUCUUCGCUUUUCCUCGCCUCCGUUUUCAUCUCAUGCGUUGA